AUGGACGGCCUGCGCCAGCGCUUCGAGCGUCUUCUGGAACAGCGGAACUUGGCCACCGAGGUACUAAGGGCAGUCGAAGCCAAGACCGGUGUCGACAAGCGGUACUUGGCAGCAGGAGCCACCACUCUGCUAAGCCUGUAUCUUCUGUUCGGUUACGGGGCACCUCUACUAUGCAACCUCAUCGGCUUUGUGUACCCCGCAUAUGCAUCGAUAAAAGCUAUCGAGAGUCCAAGCAAAGACGACGACACUGUGUGGCUCACCUACUGGGUGGUGUACAGCCUAUUCGGGCUUGCCGAGUUCUUCAGCGAUCUACUCCUGUCCUGGUUCCCUUUCUACUACGUGGGAAAGUGCGCCUUCCUGUUGUUCUGCAUGAUUCCCGGACCGUGGAAUGGGGCUCACAUGCUGUAUCGUCAAGUCAUACGUCCACUGUUUCUAAAGCAUCACGAGGCCGUGGACAACAUCAUGAGAGAUCUCAGCGGGCGAGCCCUGGACGUAGCAACAGGAAUAACUCGGGACGUCCUUCAGACUCUGGCCCGAAGCCGGGCUCUCGUCACCCCAACAGCAAUGGUGGUGGGCCCCCCGCUGCUACUGGAGCCAACCUUAGCCCAAGCAAGCAUGUCUCAACUCCAGAAGGACCAGUGA